AUGAGCAGUUUUGUGCCAAAGUCCAAGGAGAACCGACCGCAAAAGCCGUCAAUCACAAAAGUCAUCAACUCGGUGUCCUCCGUUCCCCGUCGUACAAUUACCACAACCACAUGCGCGACGAGUACGAACCCAAAAGUGGUAUCACAAUUGCGUCGCAGCGUACCGAUGUCGUCGUCGAAUAAUAAGACUCCCGACUUGUUGCAGCCACCGAAGUUUGGCGGGCAACAAUUGGUCAACCGCAAACCGGACAUAACAAAAAAUCUGCCUUCUAAAAUGGUUCAAAAACCUAUACAGCCGGCUAAAACGGUUCAAAAGCCUUCUCAGCCUUCUAAAACUAUUCAGAAACCACAGCCAACCAUGGUUGAAAAACCAAAGUACGCAAUUCUUAAAUAAUUAAUUACAGUAUUUGUGUUUAAGAUUUUGAAAUAAUGGUAUUUUAAUUUUCCAAUUUAUCCCUAUAAGUAGGUACAAUAAUAUGACACUAUCAGUUAUUUUUUUAGAUAUUUAAAUAGAUACUUUAAUGCGAAUUAAUCAGCCGUGAUUAGGUUACUUACUUGUUUAAACUUCUUAAUUAAUGAAAUUAAAUUUUAACAUACGUAGUCUUGAAUUUAGUUUUACAUUUUAAGUUUUGAUAUCUACCUAUAUAGAUAUUCAAAGUUCAAUAUUUGUACCUAUUAAUAUAUUGCAUGACUAAGUACCUCCUUAUUAUUUUAAAAUAGAUAAAUUAACAAUUUUUAUUUACAUUUUGUUAAUCAAGUAAUUGAAUAAUUAAAAAUGUAUUCAAACAUUAUUGAAUUAAUUUUUUUUUCAUCCAUUUACAUUUUAACAAUCUAAUUUAUACUAACACAUUUUAUAACUUGUAUCCUAAAUGAAGUUAGUUAGACUCAGAACUACUUCAUAGAUUCUAUGUGUAGUGAAAAAUGUAUUGGUUUUACAGAUGUUUUUUUUUUAUUUUUAAUUCUGAUUGAAGCGAAGAAUGUAUUGGUUUUUCAAUGAUGUUUAUUUAUUUAUUUUUUCUCUGUUGAUAUCUUCUAAAAGCAAUUUUCCUCCUAUUUACAAUGAUAGCACUUUUUCUGAAAACAAAUCAAAAUGAGGACGUCAUUUUUUUUUCCAGUCCGGAAGUUUUUCCAAUAAAUUGAAAAAAAUUGAAGAAUAGGUACAAUAUUAAACAAAAGUUCUGAAGAGAAAUACAUAAUGCAUAUGUAAUUAUUUUACUAUAACAUGACAAAGCAACACUAUUAACUGAACUUUCCUUAGAAUUGUUUUUUCGUUAGCAAUGGUUAAUUGUUGCUUACAGAUAUACACUAAAUUUCCCUUCUUACUUCUCAACUUCUCAUUUAUAAUAGUGGUCCACCCACGUGCAAAGUAUGUUAGUUUUUUUAAAUGUGAUGAUUUAUUAUUGCAUACUCUUGUCUGAUUAAAACACUACAUUUUCAAAGAAAAAAUUAAGUGUCAAUCAUAUUUAUAAUAUGUUGGUAAAAACAUUAAAUAAUAUCUACCUACUUAUUUUUGGAUUUUUUUUUUUAGAGAGCAACCUAAUGAAGGAGUUUUCAAAGUACCAACAGUUGUCAACAUAACAACAAAACCAAAAACAACUAUAAAUAUAGAUAAUAAAACCAAUGCAGCUGAAAAUAACACAAAUAUGGGCCUUUCAAAUUCAAAAGAUGAGUGAGUUUGUUGUACAAAAUAACAUAAACAAAUAACUUUAACAAUACUGUGUCUAAAUAAUCAUAUUAGAAUGAAAUGGCGCUUGGAAAAUUUUGAUAUUGGCAAAGCAUUGGGAAAAGGAAAAUUUGGAAAUGUAUAUCUAGCUAGAGAAAAAAGUUCUGGAUACAUUGUGGCUCUUAAAGUUUUAUUCAAAACACAAAUUUUAAAAGCAAAUGUUGAGCAUCAGUUAAAAAGAGAAAUCGAAAUUCAAACUCACUUAAGGUAAUUAUCAUAUCUCUAUAAGACUAUAUUUUUAUAUUAAAUUUGUUUUUAUGUUAUUCAGGCAUCCUCAUAUUGUACGCAUGUUUGGUUAUUUUCAUGAUGAUGUAAGAGUGUACAUGAUAUUAGAAUAUGCACCAAAACAACUUUAUAAAGAAUUACAAGAUCAAGAAAAUAAACGUUUCUCUGAAGAAAAGUAAAUAUUUAUUUUUUAACUAUUAUGUACCUCCAAAUUAAAUGAUUAGAUUUACUAUCACACUUUAUAAAAGUUUUGUUUUAUUAAUAAUUUACAAGAAUAUAACUUAUGUAUCUGUUUUUGCAUAACUAAAUAUAAUAUUUAAUUUUAUUAGUAAAUUUACAUACAGUAUUUUUGUUUUAAAUAGAGCAGCCAUGUAUAUCAAACAAUUGACAGAAGCAUUAAUUUACUGUCACAAUAAAAAUAUUAUACAUCGUGAUAUAAAACCUGAGAAUCUCUUGUUAACAAAAAGUGGAGACUUGAAAAUUGCUGAUUUUGGGUGGUCUGUACAUACACUGGAAUCCAAGUAAUUUAAUAUUGCAAAACUGGUUCACUAGGAAUACAUACUAAUAAGUCAUAUAUUAUUUUACAAACGUAUUGUUGUUUUGCAGGCGUAUGACAUUAUGUGGCACCUUAGACUAUUUACCGCCAGAAAUGGUUAGUGGAAACUCUCAUGAUAAAACAGUCGACAUAUGGAGUGUGGGCGUGUUGUUAUAUGAGUUUUUAGUUGGGAAACCCCCUUUUGAAGCUCCAACUUACGAGGAAACCUAUAGAAGGAUAUUAAAUGCCCAGUUUAUUUUUCCCCAGCAUGUAGCUCCGCUCGCUCGUGAUCUAAUAUCACGUGUAAGUGUUUUAACAUAGAAUUAUUAAAACCAAUUACUUACUGAUAUUUAUUAUGUUUUAGUUAUUAAAAGUAAAUCCAGCAGCACGUCUAUCUCUACAAGAUCUAUUACAACAUGACUGGAUAAAAAUAUACACAGAAAUACCUAGAGCAAAAAAAUAA